CCCGCCGAUGACCCGCCCAAUCGUUGGUAUUUCGCUACAUCGCGCACUCUGGCCACACUAGCCCUACACUGUUGCAUUUGCAUUUGCCCCCACAGAACAGAAAAGCGAAGCGAAAAUAAAGCUGGGCGAAAAUAAAGGCAACCAAAUGGUAGGCUAAGCAACCGAAUCGAGUGAACCUACCUGAGCACCAGAGUCCAACCGAGUCCCACAGAACGAGGAGGAGCAGCUGGAGCACCAGGUGACCACCACCAGCGGUAAGAGAAGUGCAGCGCAGCGCAGCGCAGUGCAGUGCAGUGCAGUGCAGUGCAGCGGACAUGAACGAAGAAAUCGUGCGGGAGCGCAGCGGCGGCGAGGAGUCCUCCGUCGUCUCGCCCAAAACUGCAUCAUCGGCAGCAGCAGCAGCGGCGGCGGCGGCGGCGUCGAUGACGUUGGCCUCGGCGGCCUUGGAAUCGCACACGACCGCCAGCGCCAACGUCAGUAGCACUCCCCCCGGCAGCGCCAGCCCCACCACCAGUGGAGCAGGAGCAGCAGCAGGUGGAGGAGGAGGAGGAGGAGGAGCAAGUGGUGGUGGUGGAGCGGAAGGAGCAGGAGGAGCGGUUGCAUCUGCGUCCGGUGGGCUGCUGCAAGAGAAGCUGCCACUGCAGCUCCAGCUGAACGCCACCGAUAUGCGCGAGCUGCGCGAAAUCAAGCAGUUGCUGUGGGGCGACAAUGUGCGCGAAGAUGUAUUCAAGCGUUGGUCUCAAGGAUUCGAGUUUAGUAAAGUGGAACCGUCGGCAUUGGUGCAGAAGCAGGGCGGUCCUUGUGCUGUGAUAGCGCCGGUGCAGGCGUACUUGCUUAAGAUAAUUAUCAUGGACAUGCCAGGCGUGAAGCUGUCGGAGAUUUCCUACGACAAAUGCCAGAACCUGCUGAUCCAGGCAUUGUGCAACAUCCUGAAGAAUUGUAGGGCGCCGCGCUACCGCAUCGUCCAUCUUAUGCGCCGUCGUGGAAACGCUACAGAGGCUGGUUCAACCAAAGAGCGCUCGCCAGGCGUCGAGGGAGGAUCUGCUCCGGCUGGCCCAGCCGGAUCUUCGGAGGCGGCAGCCGGAGCUCAGGUGGAACUGGCAGCCGAGGCCACGCCCGCCUCGGUCAACGAGAUGUCCCUGGAGCAGCUCGACAACGAUCCGCAUCGCGAGCUGUCGCCGGAUGAGUUCCACGAGCGCCUGCACACGCUCCACUUCGAGGACAUAGCCACCGUGGCCCGCUACUAUAUGGAGAACUACGGCCAGUUGGCGCACACAUACGGCGUGCUGCUGUUCAUGUACUCGGUGUUCCUCACCAAGGGAUCGGAGCUGGUGGCCGCCGACAUAUCGGACACGUCGGAGCCGCUGAUACACAGCACCUACGGCUAUGGCGCCCAGUCGCUGAUCAACCUGAUGCUAACGGGCCGUGCCGUGGCCCAUGUCUGGGACAACGAGCAGGAUGUCGGCGGACUGAAGCUGCGCGGCAUCUGCGAGCAGAGCGACAUCGGGUUUAUAACGCUGAUGGAGCAGAUGCGUUAUUGCACCGUUGGCUCCUUCUUCAAGAACCCACGCUACCCCGUCUGGGUGAUGGGCUCCGAUACGCAUUUAACCGUUCUGUUCAGCAACGAAAAGAGGCUUGUCUCGCCGGAGACGCCCUCGGAGAUCGGUCGUCGCAUCUUCAAAUCCUACGACCCGGAGGGCAACAAUUUCAUAUCGACCACCAUGCUGCGCGAAGUCCUCGCCGCCUUGAACCUGGUCAGCGAGCCGGCCUACGUGGGCCUCAUGCAGAAGCGUCUGGACCCGGAGAACUUGGGCAUCAUACUGCUGAACGCCUUCAUGGACGAGUUCUUCCCACUGGAGCGCCGCUCCACGCCGGAUACCUUUGAGCUGAUGCACUACAACGGCAUACCGGGCUCCAAUGAGAACAACAGGGUGCGCUACUAUUGCGGCUCGGCCAUUCUGCUGGAGGGCGACCUGAAGUCGAUCUGCACCUCGAACCCGAUGGUCACCUGCCUGCAGACCAAGUGGCCGAACAUCGAGAUCAACUGGCACGAUGUCCACAUGCCCUCCUUGAAUUGACGCCGUCAAGGGGGCCAGGACAAACAGCAGAAGCAGCAGCAGGAGCAGCAGGGGAAUGCGCGUAAGAAACACAGAACACCAAAAGGACGAGGGGACAACACAGGACUUACUGGGCCGUCGGAGAAAAAACAGCUGUAGUCGCAAGAAAUGCGACAAGAUGCGAUUGCACAUUUUUAUUUCAAACACCCUUCAAUUGUUGGUUUUUUUUUUGUAUUUUUUUUAAAACAAGCUGGAGUGGAACGCACCAAACAAACAAUUUAAAGCAGAAAACACAGCAGCUAAACACUAACAAAUGCGCUUUUCAAGAGAAGCUGCAGCCAUGUUGAAGAAUCCGCAGGAGCAUAGAAGAUUUACGCAAAGCGUUGACUCACACACAACACCCAAACAAAUAAAACAACAAAAAACAAAAAAAUACAGAAUAAACAAAGAAAAAGAAGGGAAAACAAGAACAUACAUGUAAUAUGAACUAAAUCUUAAUUUCGAACAUUGUACGUUUAAAUUUGCAUUGCAAAAACGAAACUCAACUAAGAAUACAGGCAACACAAAAUAUACCUUUACAAAUAAAGUAAAACUAAAUGAACAAA